AUGCAAUUCUUCAAGACUGUCCUCCUGGUCAGCGCCGCCUUUACCCCGGCCCUCGCAGCCGUCGCAAACGGUGGCAGCGGCGAAACCGAAUCCUUUACCUCAACCCGCACGACAACCGUCACCGUCACCGUCAAGACGUCCACCACUUCUACUUCCACCCCCACCUAUACGCCCACCUCCACGAGCACGCCCGUCAUCGCAACCUCCUCGUCUACCGCCACGCCCACGCCCACUCCCUGCAGCUCCUUCGUGAUCACCAAGGUCCACUCGUCCACUGUUGCGCCAUCCUCUGCGCCUUCGUCUGUCGGUGCUAGCUCUGGCUCUGGAUCGUCGACCAUGUCUGUUUCGCCCUCGGAAACCCCCUUCACCGGUGCUGCUGUCCCCGGCGCGAAGUUCUCGGGUGCCGGUGUGGUUGGCGCUGGGUUGGCCGCUAUGGCGUUCUUGCUCUAA